GCGCAAUCUCUCAUUGACCUGAACUAUCCAUUACCCAUAACGCACCGCGGUCGUUCUCAGUGAUUAAAACAUGGCGGCGAGGGCACCAGUGGCGACAGGCAGGCUCCUGGUUGGAUUCCGCAAGUGGUACUAUAACCUGUGUGGCUUCAACAAGAUUGGUUUAAUGCGUGAUGACACAAUCCUCGAGGAUUCAGAUGUGAAAGAGGCCCUGAGGAGGCUUCCCGAGCACCAGUACAAUGACAGGAUGUUCAGGGUCAAGAGAGCCCUGGAUCUCUCCAUGAAGCAGCAGAUCCUCCCAAAAGAGCAGUGGACGAAAUAUGAAGAGGAUGACCAUUACCUGACACCAUAUCUGGAGGAGGUGAUCCGUGAGAGGAAAGAAAAAGAGGAAUGGAUGAAGAAAUAGAUGGUUCCUGGUCAAAGCUGUUAAUCCUCGUCUUCAGUCGGUGCAUGGUUGUCCCCUGGUGUUAUAUUUAAAAUGAAAUCUUACCUAUAUAAAACUGCUAAUUAAAAAAAUUGUACAUUUUA